CUGUACAGUAACAAAAAAUAUUAAGUUAACAAAAACUAGUUUUUAAUAGGAAAUUUUUGUUUGUGAAAUAGGCUUAUUUUAUCUUAGUUUCAGCCAAUGUCAUUGUUUACUGAGAAUGAAUCAAGUUGUUGGAAGAAAACCGGUUAUGCAAAAUAAGCUAAACGCCGAAUAGGCUUCUUUGAUGAUCCUAUAUACUGUGAAGUUAGGAUACGCCUUGCACUGGAUGUGCGGAUGUGCCUGUACCAGUUGUACCGCAAGCAAUUAUAAUUGUAUUUGGGAAAUUAUCUGUAGUGUAGGUUAAUGUUGUUUUCAAUUGAAAACUGCUAAGUAGUAGCCUACUUGGGUUUGGGUCUAACUUAAUUAGUUUAAGUUAGCUUGAACUAAGUAUAGCACGACAGUGUAGAUUGCAAAACUUGGAUAUCUUAGGCCUACUCCAUCCAUCAAAAACAUACAAGUUGGAGUUAUGAAGCUUCAUUGCUUGUUUGUGUGCUUUGUGGUGUUCCUGGAUCAAGCAAACUGCCUCAAUAAUGGUCUGGCCCUCAAGCCACCCAUGGGUUGGAUGUCGUGGCAGAGAUAUCGGUGUACAACCAACUGUACACUCUACCCCUAUGAGUGUAUCAGCGAGUGGCUAAUACGAAAUGCCACAGAUUUGCUGGUGUCUGAGGGUUAUGCUGAGUUAGGCUACAAGUAUGUCAUCAUUGACGACUGUUGGAUGAUGACUUCCCGAGAUGAUCUUGGAAAACUUCAUCCAGAUCCUGACCGGUUUCCCUCUGGAAUGCAUGCGCUUUCAAAUUACGUCCACUCCAAAGGUUUGAAGUUCGGCAUUUACCAGGACUAUGGGGUGAAGACUUGUGCUGGGUAUCCAGGACUGCUUGGCCACAUGGAGAUUGACGCAAAUACCUUUGCUGAAUGGGAGGUUGACUACGUCAAAGUAGACGGUUGCAACUCCGACCCCUGGACGAUGGACGAAGGGUACCCAAAGUUUGGCCGUUACUUAAACAAAACUGGCCGGCCGAUGGUGUACUCAUGCAGCUGGCCUUAUUACCAAAGGGAGCAAAAUGUUCCGAUAAACUUUGCAGCGAUCGUAGAACACUGCAACUUGUGGAGGCUGUAUGAAGAUGUACAAGACUCGUGGGGUGUCGGGGCUGGCAGUGUGAGAGACAUCAUGGACUACUACGCUAAUAGAAAGGAUGUCACCCAGUACGCUGGUCCUGGCCACUGGAAUGAUCCUGAUAUGCUCAUCAUUGGCAACUUUGGUCUGACUGUGUGGCAAUCAGAGGCCCAGAUGGCAGUAUGGGCUGUGUUAGCAGCUCCUCUACUGUUGUCUACAGAUCUUGCAAAUGUACAGCCAGAGUUCAAACACAUUUUGCAGAACAAACGAGUCAUCGCGAUCAACCAAGAUCCUCUCGGCAUACAAGGAGAAAUGAUUCACACUAGGGAAAAAAUCAACACUUGGGUUCGACCAAUUUCUCCUAAAGUUGGGGAACACUUCUCAUUUGCUGUGGCAUUUGUGAGCUACCGAGCUGAUGGGAUGCCGUACCGUUACAACGUCACUGUGUUAAACCUCGGCCUACGCAACCCCGCUGGUUAUAUCGUCAAUGACUUAUUUGGAACAUCCUAUUGUGAUGAAAUGGUCAAACCAACAUCUCUCCUACAAGUACGGAUCAACCCCAGUGGUGUUGUGUUUUUGGAACUCAAGGCUGUCUCGCAAAAACAAUGUGAACAAGAAGAAGAAUCAAAAUGUUAAACGAACAAAGUAAAAUUUAGUGUUAUGUUAUUCAUUCAUUCUCUAAGAACAAUUCGUACACAUACAGUGUAUUUAUUAUUAUUUAUUUCUACUACAGACUAUUUGCUCAACUUUUUAUACAUUUUCUUAUUGAAUAUACACUAUUUUAUACAAAAUCUUAAA